AUGGAAGCAUUUGGCUUCUUUUUGUAUCUCCUUCUCUUCGGCUUCGCAUGCUCAGAAACCAGUUUUGUUUACAAUGGAUUUCACCAAGCCAACUUGAGUUUAGAUGGAGCUUCUUUUGUGAGUUCCAAUGGCAUGCUUUCCAUAACAAACGAUUCAUUGAGGCUUCUUGGGCAUGCCUUCUAUCCAUCUCCUCUACAAUUCAAGAAAAAUAACGCAAACAACUUAUCCACAGUUGUGACCUUUAGCACUAACUUUGUUCUUUCCAUCAUUCCCAAGUACCCUGAUCUUGGAGGACAUGGUCUUGCUUUCAUUCUCACUUCCACCAAAGAACCAAAGGAUUGUCGUGCAAACCAAUAUUUGGGUCUUCCAAAUGUUACAGGCAAGACGGAAUCUUCUUCUUGGGUUUUAGCCGUGGUGUUUAACAUUGUCCAAAAUCCUGAUUUCCAAGAUAUCAAUGAUAACCAUGUCCGAAUUGAUAUAUCAAGCCUAAUCUCAAACAUAUCUGAGCCAGCAGCAUACUACAACUCCACAAGAAAAGAGGAUAACUACAACAAUUCCAUCAUACUCAAGAGUGGAAACCCAAUUCAAGUGUGGGUUGAUUAUAAAAGCCAAGAGAUGUUGAUCAAUGUAUCAAUUUCUCCUCUUGGCUUGCCAAGGCCUUAUUGGCCUUUGAUAUCAUUCCCCAUUGACCUCUCUACAGUGAUUGAUGAUUACAUGUACAUGGGGUUCUCUGCUUCCAUUGGUGUGCUUGCAGCAGCACAUAAUGUGCAUGGUUGGAGCUUUAGAAUUGGGGGGAGGGCACAAGACUUAUAUCCAAAGGAGCUCCCAUCUCUUGUGACAAGUUCUGAAGAGGUAGUGCACAGAAAGAGAUUUGUGUUAGCCAUCACUUUAACUAUUAUUAUUUUUGUGAUAUCUGGUGUUGCUCGUCCUGCACAGAAUUAA